AUGUGGAAGGCAACCGAGCAUCGAUCCUGCUGGUGCGCGACUAUCAAAAACAGUUUAGUUGGUAAUAUGGAACAGUCUUUUCGAGAGCUUCGAUUAGAGAAUGGAAAUCGUGAAAGCCAGUAUGGAUAUGUUUAUGCUGUAUCAGGUCCUGUUGUCACUGCAUCGUCUAUGGCUGGUUCUGCUAUGUACGAGUUAGUUCGUGUUGGACAUGAUGAAUUAGUUGGAGAGAUUAUCCGUUUGGAAGGUGAUUUGGCUACUAUUCAAGUGUACGAAGAAACAUCUGGUGUAACUGUAGGUGAUCCUGUCCUAAGAACUGGCAAACCGUUAUCAGUAGAACUUGGACCUGGAAUUGUAAACAAUAUUUUCGAUGGUAUUCAACGUCCACUAAAAGGCAUUUGUGAUUUAACUAGUUCAAUUUAUAUUCCAAGAGGUGUAAAUGUUCCUGCUUUAGAUAGAAAAGUGGAAUGGGAAUUUCUACCAACACCAGGCUUAAAACCAGGGAUGCAUAUAACUGGUGGAGAUAUUUUUGGUGUUGUCCCUGAAAAUACAUUGGUUCAGCAUCGUAUAAUGCUUUCACCGAAAUCACAAGGUACAAUUAAAUGGAUAGCUCCAACUGGACAUUACACAUUAUCUGAUAAAAUACUAGAAAUAGAAUUCGAUGGUCAGACUAGUCAUCAUACAAUGCUUCAAAUAUGGCCAGUUCGUCAACCUCGUCCAGUAGUUGAAAAGUUACCUGGUAAUCAUCCUCUACUAACUGGACAACGAAUUUUGGAUGCUUUAUUCCCAUGUGUUCAAGGUGGUACUACUGCGAUUCCAGGAGCAUUUGGUUGUGGUAAAACUGUUAUUUCACAGUCACUAUCAAAGUAUUCUAAUUCUGAUAUUAUCAUAUAUGUUGGUUGUGGUGAACGUGGUAAUGAAAUGUCUGAAGUGUUACGUGAUUUCCCAGAGUUAACAGUAGAAGUGAAUGGCAAACAAGAGUCAAUUAUGCAGCGUACAGCACUUGUUGCUAAUACAUCUAAUAUGCCUGUAGCUGCACGUGAAGCUUCUAUCUAUACUGGGAUUACAUUAUCUGAAUAUUUUCGUGAUAUGGGUUAUAAUGUAAGCAUGAUGGCUGAUUCAACAAGUCGUUGGGCUGAGGCAUUACGUGAAAUAUCUGGUCGUUUGGCUGAAAUGCCAGCUGAUUCUGGUUAUCCAGCGUAUUUAGGAGCAAGACUUGCAAGCUUUUAUGAACGUGCUGGUCGCGUACAUUGUCUUGGUGGUCCAGAACUACGUUAUGGAUCGGUUGGUAUUGUUGGUGCUGUAUCUCCGCCUGGUGGUGAUUUUGCAGAUCCUGUUACAUCAGCUACACUGAGUAUUGUACAGGUAUUUUGGGGAUUAGACAAAAAAUUAGCUCAACGUAAACACUUUCCUAGUGUUAAUUGGCUUAUCUCUUAUUCAAAAUAUCUACGUGCAUUAGAUGAUUAUUAUGAUCGUAAUUUUCCAGAAUUUGUUGCUUUACGAACUAAAAUGCAAGAAAUUUUACAAGAAGAAGAAGAACUCUCUGAAAUUGUUCAAUUAGUUGGCAAAGCAUCUCUUGCUGAAGCAGAUAAAAUUACCCUAGAAGUUGCACGUAUCAUUAAAGAUGAUUUUCUACAACAAAAUGGUUAUUCAUCUUAUGAUAGAUUCUGUCCAUUUUAUAAGACUGUUGGAAUGAUGAAGAAUAUAAUCGCUUUCUACGAUCAAGCUAGACACGCUGUUGAAGUGACGGCACAAUCUGAUCGUCGCGUUACAUGGGCAUUAAUUCGUGAAGCAAUGGGUCAAACUAUUUAUAAAGUAUCCAGUAUGAAGUUUAAAGAUCCGAAGGCUGAUGGAAAGGAGAAAAUCCUUCGAGAUUAUGAUGAAUUGUACGAAGAAAUAUCUGCUGGAUUCAGGAAUUUAGAAGACUUAUAA